AUGAAUGCAGUCGAUGACCUUGAACGACGGAUGGGUAUUACCAAGCAUUGGACCCCAGAACAAGAGGAAUAUAAGUGUGCACUUGAUCUUUUAACGAAUUGCUGUUUCAUUUGCAUCGUUGAGCAGCUCGAGGGAUUGGUGGUAAAGAGGUUAUUCGAGUUAGCAAAAGCAAAUCUUGCGGGGACUGGGUACAAAUUAUGUCAACACAUCUCCAACACUAUUGCUCGACAUUCUGCUGCCAUACAUGCGGCACUGGACAAAUACAACAAUCUUGCACCUCUGCAAAACCCGCCACGACCUACUCUAGAGUACCAUGAAGUUGCAUCCUACACAUGGUUGGGGGAAUUCAACUUAUUGAAGCAUUCUUGGCGAGAUCUACUCUCCAAGCCUUGGGCUUCAAAAACUAAUCGUGAAGUCGCCGCAAAGUAUUUUAAAGUCUUACAUGCGCAUGAGGAGAUCACUUGGUUGAAUGUCGAAGUAGCUCGGCUUCACAGAUGGGUAGACGACGAAGAUGCACAUCUCUCAUCAGUUGCACUGCUCACUCUCGGAAUCAAAUCCUGCACUUGCAUAUGA